UGUAGUUCAGUUUGACUCGGUAUAAAGUCGCAAGCAGACGACACGAAAUCAAUCGUAUUCUUUUGCAAUAAAUUAGUGCUGUGGGAACAUUUAUAAGUUGGGCUUCUGAUAAGCAUUAAUUAAUGUUAAAAAUCGUAUUCAGCCAAUAAAUUCCACAUUAAUGAAGGAACGAGGUUGCUUUUUUUUCGUGAUAAAGUCUAAUGCCGACACGUGUGUUUAUUUGGCCUAUGUGAGGGAGGCGCUAGUGCACGGCAGAUGAUUUGAUUGGAGGACCUGACGUCUGACUGCAGAAUGCUAGGGUGAUUGCAGGCUUAGCCAUCUUGACCAUCCUAAAAUGUAUUCUAACUUUAUAGAAACAUAUUUCGUGCGGUAAUAUAAUUUUAGGUUUUACAGUAAUAUAUAAAAUAUAAUGGAAAACAACAUGGCAGAAAAUAAACCACAGUUUGACAUGCUGCUUGGUGGAACCCAGAACCUACCCCUGGAAUUUUCUGUAGGGAGGUUUGCAUCAGCUCGAGCACAAGAAAUAGCAGCCUUAACUCAAGCUAUAGAAAAUCCUCAGAGGACAGGAUUGGUAUUCCAGAAACUUCCAAAACAUAUGAGAAGACGUGUCAUGAGUCGCACUUCUAAACGCUUGCCGAGAAGACUGAGGGAGGCACACAUACAUCAGUUGAGAAAAAGUGGAUUACCUCCAGAACCGAAGAGACCUAGCAGAAAGUAUAGGCGUCGUCCACAAAAUUUACUUCUUGAGUACAAUCGUCGACAGAAGAAAUAUGUCUGGUUGGAAACCCAUUUAUGGCAUGCUAAGAGAUUCCAUAUGACUGAGAAAUGGGGUUAUAAACUGGCAGACUUCCCAAAUGAUAAGAGCUUUCGGGCUUGCUAUCGAGCCACAGCUAAUCACUGCUUGCUUCAGGAUAUAUCAUACUAUAGCUGCAUUGAGUUGAAUGGCCCGAUUGACCAGCUAUUGGGUCAUCUGCAGAAGCUUACCAGUAAAGAGUGUGGAUUGACAUUUGAAGCAAAAGCAUUUUUAGAUGGCACACGAGAAGGUUCUGUGAUGCUGUUCCAUCAAAACACAUACCCAUGUGGGGCAAUAGGAAGGGUCAGUUUUUUGUGGAAACCAACAGAGAAACUUAAAUCUGAUGAUACACAAAUGAGUGAAACUAGAAUCGUAUGGAUUUGGGUGCAUCCUGCAAUGUAUCAAGAAUUGUUAGAUGAAUUAAUAAUGUUAUUCCAUUUUACUGUAAUUAGUAAUGCAAAUGAUACUGAAUUGAACAAACUGUCGUGUUCUCAUGGAACAACUGAUGAAAAUUCUUCCACUUCAGAUAUGAGAAAAUCAGAGGAAAUCAUAUCAUCACCAGCUAAGAAGAAACGUAAAUUUAAUGAAACGAAAGAGAAGAAGGAUGUGGAGAAAACAAAGCUUGCAACAAGGAAUGUUCCAUUUAUAAGAACUCCAAAGUAUCGAAGUAGUAGUGGCAGUAUAGAAAUGGUUUUGCUGAAAGACACACUGAACAGAUUCCGGCUUACUGGCCCUCUCUCACAGGCUGUACUAUUAGAAUCACUGCACACUGCCAACAUUCCAGAAAAUAUAUCACAGAAGAAUAAAACUAAUUCCAAGGAAGGGGAGAAAUCAUUAGAUAUAAGUGCAGUUUGUUUGCAGCCCCAUAAUGUGUCAGCUGACAAUUUCAAGAUGGGGAAAAGUGAGGAUUGGAGAAUGGAUUUUUUUGGAGUAUCACAUCAUAAGGAAUCAUGGCAUUAUCAGGAAACACUGUGGCAGACACUAAAAGGAGCAGUGUCACCUGCGCAGCUCCCACCCCAUUUAGUGCUGGCUCUCACAAUACAAGAUCCAAGAUUGCAACUGCCUUCAAAAAGAACAAAAGCUGUGCCAGAUGAGAAAGCUAUAUGGGGACUGGAGUCUGAAGAACAAAUCACAUCAUUGUCUUCAUUGGCUUGCGUGAGUCCAAUUUGGAGUCCUCACGUAAGAGACCUUGCCACUAGCUCCAUGAUGUCACUGGCUGAGAUGGCAGAUAUCCGCUCUCGCAACCUUGUACCAGGAUUUGUAUUGGAGGAGUUUGAAGCUAGUGUUGGAGAAGACAGUUCAAAUAUCUCCUGUCACAACUCAUCACAUUCUUGUGUUCCCAUUCUCCUCAUCCAGCGACCUGGUAGUCAGGAUCCAGUACAAAAGAGACUUGGUUUCACUUCAGGCUGGGAUGUUGUUAUGCCUGCCGGAUGGGCCUUACCUCUGUGGCUGGCUCUUGUGUUCCGUGGAGCCCGGGCAGGAGGACUACGAGAAUCUGGGUCUUUGGGAUUUGAGGCAGGCCGUGAAUUACCUUUUGCUCCUGAUACUGUAUCUGGCAACAGUGAAGCAGAGGCACAAAGAAUGCAACUGACUGAACGCUAUUUCAGGUUACCACCUGAUAAAAGACCAAACUAUGCCAAACUUGGCAUCACAAGUCCAUUCAUUUGUUCUUGGGAUAUUCUUGUCAAUGACUGGUCACAGAUGACCCCAGAAAACGUUGCUGUUAUUCGCAAUACAGAAUACCAGCCUUCUUCAUUCAACAUACAAUUCUUUGUUUUACGAGACAGAAAGAAGUUAGAGUACCUGAAAGCUGUUAUCAGUAGUCUGAACACAAAGAACAUUACAAAUACCUCUCAGAAUGUUCGUAACUUUCAUGAGUUAACAAACUUGUUCCCAAGUAGUACAAGCUGUUGUCUUGUGCCUGUAACAAUUUAUUUGUGUGGUAAAGGAAGACCAGCAGACUGUGCCAUGAUCUGUCUUCCAACAGAGAUGGAUGUAGACAGAAUAUCCAAGAACUUGCACAAUCCAGGUCCAACAGAGGAGCCCCAUAUAGAUGAACAUCAGGCAGAACGCAAGGAGGUGCGGGCAGAACAUAAGAAGUUAUUAAAACGUUUACGUAGGAAGCGAGUGAGAGAGAGACGGAAGCUUGAAGAUCUUGCUGCAGCAAUGCAUGGAGAAUCUGAAGUUGAAAGUGAUCAUAAACACAUUCCAGUAGUUGCCAAGAGGAAAACAAAUGAACCUCCACCAACAAAAGAUCUGACAGAAAAGCAUGAAGAAAAAUUACAUUCUCUUUGGAUGCCACGGACACAAAUGGUAAAAGAUUCAUGCAGUCGGACAGUCAUUGGUUUUAUAACCAAGGGCGACUUCUGUUUCACAGAGUCCCGGGGAGCUGGUCAAGGAUAUGUGAUACUUUCAGCUCUCUUGCAGUUGGUAGCAAUGUAUCAAAGGAGGUUAAGGGAUGGAAAUAAAUUAUCUACACCCUGGGUACUGGUAAGAAAUCCCACCAAUCUACAGUAUCGCUUUGGAGUAAUUAACAUUCAAAGUGCAAUGUAGCUUGUGUCACUGUGGAAGUGUAUCAUCAGUCUGACAGUUGUACAGUACUGAAAAUCUUUAUAUUAAAAUUGCUGUGUUAUUAUAUAAUUGUGAAUUGAAAUUCUUUAAUUUAAAUCCUUAUACCAUACUCACUUUAUUUAGAUGCACUCUAUUUUGAGUAUGUGUAUUUUCCAAAUGUGGUCUUUGCUAUUUUUCAUACCUCAGUGGCAUAUAUGUUCAUUUACUGCAGAUAUAAAUCCACCGUUUCAAAUCUAAUAAAACUAUACUGCUUAGAGUAAAUAAUUAUUUUUAUUAAAUGUUUGCCAUAUUGAAAAAUAUUUGAAGUAAACAGUUUAGAUGUUAACUGAAGAAGGGGAUUUAAACACCUGUACUGCAGGGCUGUGGCUGGACUUCAAUGGUUAAUGGUUAAGUGGUAUGCUAAUGCAGUGCGUGGCCAGAUGGACUGUGUGUAAACUAUGGCACAAGGUCUUUAAAGGCUAAAGAUAUUUUACAUCCUAUACUUAUGGAUCUAGAUAGGCAAAAUAAUAUGUAUUUAAAUUAAACCUGCAGUAAAAUCCAUCUGGGUAAAUAACUGUGUGAUGUAUAAUACAUUCUUCUUCGGCUACCAGCUGUGUCAGGUGGUUGAAAGGUGAAAAAACCAACGUUUCGAGAACCAUCUUCAUCUUCGUCCUAAGAAUACUGAAGGUACAGGAAUUCAGUACCCUGAGGAUGAAGAUGGUUCUCAAAACACCGUUUUAUCCACCUUCAACGACAUGCCAUGGCUGGCAGCCUGAGAAGAAUUUAUUACACUUAGUCACCGUGAAAGCUCCAGAUCAUACAACUGUGUGAUGCAUUUCUUACUUAAAAUUGUCAAAAACGAAGAGAUGAUUUAUUGCCAUUGCUUUUCAACUAUUUUAGAAUACACAGAAGGACUAAGGAAAUAAGGAUAGACUGGAACUGAAUGGGACACAUCAGUUUCUGGUGCUAAUGUGAAUUUAUUGUGUGAAAACACAAAUCCCACAAAGAGAAGCACAGAAACUUUUCAGAUGGUAGGAGGAGGUUGGUUUAGAAGUUAUUGAAAAAAAAAUCUAUACAUAUGUUCCUGCUAUCUGAAAAGAAUGUGGAACAAAAUCAUGACAUAAAGGUAGCUAAUAAAUACUUAAAACAUGUAGCAGAGUUAAAAUGUUUGGGAAAACAGCAGUAUAUCUAAAUUACAUUCAUACAUUACAUACAUGACGAAAUUAACAGCACAUGGGGUUCAGAUUUUCUGUCUGCCCAUCAGCCUGAAACUACAAAGAUGAAAAUAUACAAAAUCAUAAUUUUAUCUGUUUUGUAUGGGCAUGAAAUUUAGUAUUUUACAUCAAAGGAAGAAAGACUGUAACAAGACAGGGCUUGUAGGAAAUGUUUUGAAAAGUGAUGAUAUGUGAAAAUAGAAAUGUGCAUGCAUAACAAUGAACCCAUUAAAGGAUUUUAAAUUUUAG